AUGGCGGGGAAGCGCGGCCAGACAACAAAGGAGAACGCACGCAAGCGUUCGGACCGCAGCACCCGCACUAAGGCAGAAUCCCAGCAAACCACCGAACACGCUACACUUAUCGUCAAGUCCGAGUCCAAACCGGCAGCUCCUACUACAGAGACUCGGACUCAACGCGAAGCCUACGAGCGUGUUGAUGCAGAGUGGAAGGUGAAGUGCAUCCCCACCCUGUACACGUUCUUCGGCGCCGCUAUCGACGUAUGGGGCACUUGCUGCAUCAGUGCAGCUUCGAUCGCUCAGGUCCAGGAGAUCAUAGAUGUUGCCGUCCCGAACUCAGGAUAUCGUGUCCGUCACAGGGACACAUUCUUUAAGAAGAGUCAUGCACGUCUGAACGAGAAGCGUACGCACAUCGGUAAACAGGCCCUUGGCAUCGUCGACAAGUUCUAUUCCUCUGCGGAGUUCUUGGGCAAGCCGGACGCCAUCAGAUCUCAUGCUCUCUGGGCGCUGCAUAAGCAUGGCCCAAUGCUGUAUCGCAAACCCACUCCUGUACACUGCAUCGAAAGUAGUAUGAGGUCACGAGCAGCGGACUACGUCCAACCAGAAGGACACUUUCUGUCAAGCUUCUUCAUCGACCUCAUGCAGUACUUCUUUCGGUUCACUAGGGGUACUCGCGGAGAAUUCGGACCUCCCAAGGGAGUUCUUUGCCUGGCAACUACCGCUCUCGAGCGCGCGUUCAGGAGUUGGUUGACAGGGACAAAAGUCACACCCCCCGAAUUCACUCAGGAUAUGUACAAGACGGCAACAGAUGAUUAUAAGGUAUCAAUUCUCGAGCUAACGGACCAGCAGUGGUACACGAUUCGCCAAGAGUAUGGUGACCCCAGGCUGCCGGCUGUUCCGGCUCCUCUGAAGCCAAAGUUCACGAGGAGAGGUGCUCUCGAGACUUCUCGUCGGCGACUCUUCCUUCCGAGCAGCAGCCCAGCUCCCGGCCCAGAGGACCUCGACCCCGAGGUCCUUUUUGCUCAUCUUCAGUGA